AUCUUCAAAAUACAAAUUGUUCUUCACUUCCUUACUCAAAUCCUCCAAAUGGGAACCCUAAAAAAUUCGCCAUAUUUUCUGAUUCUGUUUGUAGUUACGUCACUGACAAGCUUGUCAUUGGUUAAUGUAGAAGCAAAAACACAUUGGCAAGACGUAGAAGUUCUUCAGCAGCUUAAAAACAAGGUCGAACCAAACUCAGUGAGUCCAGGUUCUUGCUUGAGUUCAUGGGAUUUCUCAGUUGAUCCAUGUGAUAGUUUAUUCAGUGAGAAAUUCUCAUGUGGGUUCAGGUGUGAUCUCGUCGUUUCAGACAUGACCCGAGUCACCGAACUCGCUCUUGAUCAGCCUGGUUACACUGCUUCACUCGCUUCCAUCAACUGGAACUUACCUUACCUACAAAUUCUUGAUCUUUCAAGUAAUAACUUCUACGGUGAUAUCCCCGAGUCAUUCUCAAACCUAACUCGUGUAACCCGACUCAGUCUGUCAAGAAACUGGUUUGCUGGUCAGAUACCCUCAUCGAUUGGCUCACUGAGUAGCCUGGAAGAGCUUUUUCUCGAUAACAACAUACUUCAAGGCACAAUCCCAUCAAGUUUCAAUGGUUUAAUUAGUUUAAAAAGGCUCGAAAUUCAAUCCAACAAGCUUUACGGUGAGUUUCCCGAGUUGAGUUCUUUAAAGAAUCUCUACUUUUUAGAUGCUAGUGAUAAUGCCAUAUCAGGAACACUCUCACCAUCCUCAUUCCCACCAUCUUUAAUUCAAAUCUCCAUUAGAAACAACUCUCUACAAGGAACCAUACCAGAAAAUCUCAAAAAUUUAGGGUUUCUUCAAGUUUUAGAUCUAACCCACAAUAAACUAACCGGGGCUGUUCCUUCAUUUCUCUUCACACACCCCUCACUUCAACAGCUGACUCUCUCGUUCAAUUCCUUCACGUCCGUACAAUCUCCAUGGCCGUUUUUUUCAUUAGCUUCGACGAACACUAUCCAAAGCGAGUUAAUUGCUAUGGAUUUGAGUAACAACCAAAUUCAAGGCUUUUUACCGGCAUUUCUUGCAUUAAUGCCGAAGCUGUCUGCUUUAUCACUGGAAAACAAUAAAUUUACGGGAAUGAUACCGACCCAGUUUGCCAUUAAAGCGGCUCUUGGGUCGUCAGGAUUGGUGUUGCCGUUUGAGAGAUUGUUGUUGGGUGGUAAUUAUUUGUUUGGGGCUAUUCCAGUGGCAUUAAUGGAGCUUAAAGCAGGGUCUGUUGACGUUAGGUUGAAUGAUAAUUGCUUGUUUAGAUGUCCUACCAGUUUGUUUUUCUGUCAAGGUGGUGACCAAAAAUCUUUAGGGGAGUGUAAGAGCUUUAGCCCUUUUAUUCCUUAAUUUAGAUAAAAAAGACAAAUGACUUCAUGUGAUUAUGUAUUAUUAUUAGUGUAUUUUUUGUUUGUUAAUAAUCAUGAGUAUGUGUUUUCCCUUUUA